AAGUUCUUAAAUGUUACGAAUUUAUACCGUUUUUUCUUUUUUACAAAUAAUUUCUUUUAGUUGUAAAAGAAAUUACUAAACUUCUGCUUAUAUAUAAUCUACUCUAUAUAUGAGUUUGUCAUGGACUUUGCUGAGGGUCAAAAAGCUUUUUGUUUUGAGCCUGACCCCACAAAAGCAAGGGUUCUCUAUGAAGCCAGGGUUAGAACGAUCAUUCAAUUUUUAAUGGAAACUUUAAUUUCGAGCUUUCUUCAGAUUCUCUCAUGUUUCACAGCUGGAAGCAUUAUGAAAAAAAAAUGUUAUAAAGUACACUUCCUAGGCUGGAAUAACAGCUGGGACCGUGUAGUACCAGAAACUCAUCUUCUGCCAUUUAACGAAGACAACAAAAAGCUUAAAAAAACACUUGAAUUGACCAUACGAAUAAAAAACAAUAGAAAGCGAAAGAGAAAGAUUAAUGAAAUUUUAAAGACCUAUUUCGGCAAAAAGCCAAAACUCGAGUCAGAUGAUAGCGGAAGUGAAAGUUCUGAGAAUGAAGCUUCAAAAGAAACCGUUGAUUUUGAUGAUUUAUAUCGAUCUUUUGUGGAAUCUCAGCAAAUUUCUUUAAAACAAGCAACUGAAGAUUUCAAAAAGGAAUCCAUCACUCCAAAAGUUUUAAAGUUCGACAUGCCUGCCAGAUUGAAAUUAAAAUUAAGAGAGGAUUCUGCGAAUAUAAGUCGAAAGAAAAAAGUUGCCUCUCUACCCGCUAAGCUGAACCUUUUGCAAAUAUUUUCACUUUUUCUGGAAAGCUGUUCCAAAAAUAUGGUUGAAGAUAUUAUCCUCGAAUCUUUAAAUGGAAUUCGAAUAAUUUUCGAUAACACUUUCUCAAAUACUUUACUUUAUAAGCAUGAAAGACCAUAUUGGGAAGCCUAUAUAUCUGAUCAGGUUGAUCCUUCACCUUCGGUUUCAGAAGUUCGGUUUGUAUCAACAUGAAUGUUCUAUUUAAGAAAAACAACAAUGACUAAUGACAUGUAUUCUUAAAAGCGAAACUCGUCGAUCAGCAAAGAAACGUUUCCAGAAAUCUCCUACAGAUGAUAUUCAAAGUCACAAUUUCAUUUCCACUGAAAAUUUGGAAGAACUACGUAAAAAAAAAGCUCCAUCAACUGUAUGCGGCUGUAUCCAUUUUCUAAGAAUAUUUACAAGUCUACCGCAAGUUUUCACAUCAAUGAGAAUGAGCGAAGAAAAACAAAAACGUGCCGUCGAAAUACUAGGAAAUCUGUUAAGGUAACUAUUUGAAAAUAAGCUCAAAGAAUUUGAAAGAUUUGUUUACAUUUGAAAAAUACCAGAAGUAUUUUUUUUGUUAUCUAAAAUUAUCAUUUAUUUUUUAUGUGGUAUUGUUAGCAUAGAGAUAACUAUGAAUUUAACGUGUAUCAGGCAAUAACUCUUACGCAUUGUUUUCAUCGAACAGCUUCAUAGAUAAAAAUUGCGAUCGCUUCUUAUCGUCAGAAAACUUUAUCGAUUAUGACUCAAUUAGCUGCCUUUCGUGAUUAUAAUCAACUUUUAAUGCCUAUCAGAUGGAUUUGAACAUUCAGAACAUGCAAACCGGCUAAUAAAACUUCAAAAUUUUCUUUUUCUUUUUGAUAACAAACAAAACUAAAGUAUUUUCUGUUGUCUAAAUUCUGUUAUAGACUAAAUGUAUCAAUGAAAACACAUUAACUUAUAGUCAGUUAAUGGUUCGCUGAAAAAAUAUUGCAUCAU